UCCUACGGCACGGCGGAGGUGGCAAGAUGGCCGCGGCUGAGGAGGAAGGUGGUGUUGGGGCUGAAGCCGACCGGGAAUUGGAAGAGCUGCUGGAAAGUGCUCUUGAUGAUUUCGAUAAGGCCAAACCCUCUCCAGCACCCCCUCCUACCACCACAGCCCCUGAUGCUUCGGGGUCGCAGAAGAGAUCGCCGGGAGAUACUGCCAAAGAUGCCCUCUUCGCCUCCCAAGAGAAGUUUUUCCAGGAACUGUUUGACAGCGAGCUGGCUUCCCAAGCCACUGCAGAGUUUGAGAAAGCAAUGAAGGAGUUGGCUGAGGAAGAGCCCCACCUGGUAGAGCAGUUCCAAAAGCUCUCAGAGGCUGCUGGGAGAGUAGGCAGUGAUGCGACUUCCCAACAAGAAUUCACUUCUUGCCUAAAGGAGACAUUAAGUGGACUAGCCAAGAAUGCCACUGACCUUCAGAACUCUGGCAUGUCAGAAGAGGAGCUGACCAAGGCCAUGGAAGGGCUGGGCAUGGACGAAGGAGACGGGGAAGGGACCAUCCUCCCCAUCAUGCAGAGUAUCAUGCAGAACCUCCUGUCCAAGGAUGUGCUGUACCCGUCACUGAAGGAGAUCACAGAAAAGUAUCCAGAAUGGUUGCAGACUCACCGAGAAUCUCUACCUCCAGAGCAGUUUGAAAAAUAUCAGGAACAACACAGUGUCAUGGGCAAAAUAUGUGAGCAGUUUGAGGCAGAAACCCCCACAGAUAGUGAGGGCACUCAAAAGGCUCGCUUUGAGGUGGUGCUGGAUCUCAUGCAGCAGCUGCAGGAUUUGGGCCAUCCUCCAAAAGAGCUUGCUGGGGAGAUGCCUCCUGGCCUCAACUUUGACCUGGAUGCCCUCAAUCUCUCGGGCCCACCAGGUGCCAAUGGCGAACAGUGUCUGAUCAUGUGAAACACAACAUGCUUUCUUCCCUGAUUCCCAGCCGUGGGGGAACGUCUGGAGUCAGCAGCACCACUGGGAGCUGAGGCAGGAGUGUCGUCUACAGGAGUGGUCUGCCCACUGCCAUCUGUCAUCCCACCCAAGAUUGUGCCAUACCAGCUGAGGCUUUUUCUCUGUCCUUCUAGGAAUAAGGCCUGUUCUGCAGAUCAUUUCUGUGAACCCUUUCCAUUGUGGUUUCUGCUGCUAGCAAAGGCCCAGCUACCUACCAGGUGAAGGAAGGCGUCCCUUUUGGGGCAUGCACCUUCUUUCCUCUCCCAAAAUCAUGUUAUACAGGGCCACACUGAGUUCAGUUUUGUACCCAGGGCCUUCGUGCCUUGUCUCUACUCCCUGGCUUGGACCUGGGGAGCAGGGACAGAGUCCUAGGACUCUAUAUUUCUAUAGUUCUCUUGGGCAGCACCUGUGGGAAUGAAUGGGGAGAAACUUAGCCUGGGCUGGGGGUUUAGGUCUGUCACCACACCCUCUUGCCUUCAGACUGUUCUGAAUUCCCUGAAGGGAAAGUAAGUGGGGGGGCUUUUGCAUCUAAAAAUGCUACUCUUUCACAGUAGGUUGAAAUAGAAUCCCUGGGAUUCUCCUCUCUCCAGGUACAGAGUCCUCAACUCCCUGUACCAGCCUGAGAACUCAAGUAGCUGCCCUGUUCUUUCUAUAAUGCUAUGUGAUCUGGGUGAACUCAGCCCUUGACCUUCCUUUACCCCCUGCCUCUCCUCUCAUCUCUCUAUUUUAAAUACCUCUUUAUUCCAACCCUUCUCUGAGCCCACACUGUGGCAAAGAAGGGUCCAUCCUGUUUCCCCUCAUCUAGUCCAUCCACCACCCUCACUGGCCCCCCUAUCUCCCUGGCAAAUGUAUAUAAUUAUAGUGUCAGGUCUAGGAAAUGAAUUACGGUUCUUCCCCAGAUACAUUUUGGCUUAUUUGAGACAUCUCAUUCGUUUGAAUCCUGUUCACUGAUUCAGGGAGGUAGCUUGGGAAAGGUGGGGUGGGAUGCAGCCUGGGUCCUUUUUCCUGACUAAUAAAUAUUCUGAGUGAGGGAUUGUA